UGACGUUGGGUUGAAUGACCAAUCAGAAGGCGCUGCCCUUUGAAGACAAACCAUUUUACUUGUAGUGUCUGCAUCAAGUCUGGAAGCAAGGACUCAAUUUUAACAGAAUCCACCUUAAAUCUCUGCAUUAACUUAUGCCCAACUUGCGCCAUACCAAGUAAGAAUACCAGAGGAUUAAAAAAAUCGAAGCAAUUGAAUAAUUCGGGUCUUAAUAGGACAAUAUCUGUUCGCUGAGGAGAGAGACAACAACACAGCGAGAGAACCCAUUUGGACUUGAGAGAGGGGGCGAGUGCUCUCAAGGCAGAACAUUUGAUGAUGACCAUGACUACGAUGGCUAACGGUCUGGAGGCACAGGACUCGUCCAAGUCGGCUUUCAUGGAGUUUGGUCAGCAGUCUCACUCACAACAGAGCUCUCCGUCGAUGGCUGCCAGCCACUACCCGCUGCACUGUCUCCAUUCCGGGUCGCACCCAGCUCAUCAUCAGCACGAUAACUCUCCGUACUCCGGCAACAAUUCUUACAACAGGUCGCUACCGUACUCCUACGUGAGCCACCCCCACCACAGCCCGUACCUGCCAUCCUACCACAAUAACACCACUGGCGGUCAGACAAGGUUAGACGGCACAGAGCAGCAGAAAACAACAGUGAUUGAAAACGGAGAAAUUCGUUUCAACGGGAAAGGCAAGAAGAUUCGCAAACCUCGGACGAUUUAUUCUAGUUUGCAGCUUCAAGCUUUAAAUCACCGUUUCCAGCAAACACAAUACCUCGCCCUGCCAGAACGCGCUGAGCUGGCUGCAUCUCUCGGACUAACACAGACACAGGUAAAGAUAUGGUUCCAGAAUAAAAGGUCAAAGUUCAAGAAGCUGCUGAAGGCAGGUGGCAACCCGCAUGAGAGCGACCCUACUAUGCCUGGUUCCAUCGGCCUGUCUCCCCGGUCUCCAGCAAUUCCUCCAAUAUGGGACGUGUCAGCGUCCAGCAAAGGAGUUAACAUGGCGGCCAACGGCUACAUGCCCGGGUAUUCCCACUGGUACUCCUCCCCACAUCAAGAGACAAUGCAGAGAUAGACUGCGUAAAGGGCGGGAAGGCCCGAGGUCUGACUCGAGACGUUCGAACCUUCACAGUUUUACCUGCACAAUUGAUUUCCGUCAGUCUCGAGACAAAAGGGGUGUCGCGUUCGAACAGAGAGAUUCCUUGGAGACAAGAUCGGCUGCUUGUGAAGGAUACUUGAGGACAAAGACUGUGAUAUGAAACACGCUAAAGGAACUAACCGUAUUAACUUACGAAUGACUGUUCAGUGGGAUUGCCUUUGUUGCUUUCAUUCAUGUCAACAUCUGACUGUCAAUAUACCAAAUAUAUCAUUGACAUUUAACCCAUCACUUGGGCACAGAAUGGACUACACUCACGCGUUUUUUGCGAGUUGAACAUGAUGCUAUGAUAUAUUGUUGAAAUCUAAACUGCUCUUUGACUGGGUGUUUUUCUCAUGCAAAACAAAGCAAUCUGUCUGUAAAUAUAUUAUUCGAUUUUAGUUGUACAUUCACUUUUUAUGUUUUGUCUUUCAUAAAUGGAUUAAUCCAUGACUUAAAACAAAGUAUCGUGUUUUGUACUGCAAGAUGAAGAUGAUUGAUAUAUGUAAAAAUGACUGAUGAGCCAUUCCUUGUCAAGGUGUCAUAUGGACGUUCUAAAAUGUAGGUCCCAUAUGGUUUUUCAUGAAAAACUUACAGGCUAUACGUCAUAACACUAUGUUUCCUCUUCAUAAAAAUAGACAUUGUCAAUGCACUGCAAACGAACAAAAUUGUCAAUAUAUAUUAAACAACACUAGAGGAAAUUAA